AGCCCCGGGAACCAGAGCAGCGCCCUCCGAUUUAUUGGUUGAGAACGCAGGGAAGCCGGGGUAUGCUUGGAUAAUUGGCUGCCGGGGCUGGAGGCGGGACUUCAGGGACGCGCUUCUCGCUCAUUGGUUGGGAUGUGGGAGGGUUCCGGAGAGCGCGCGCAGAGACAGUGGCCAUGGAGGAAACCAGCGGCUUCCGGAAGGGUCAUUUCUCAGCGACAGGCAGGUUUGCGAGGAGGGGGAAGCCGAAGCCGAGGCGUUCCGUUCCGUGAUGUGCUGCGGCUGAGGGUCGCUCUUCUCAGGCCAGUGCUCGCCCAGUGCGGAGUUCGGGCCCACCCUCCGCCUGGAGCUGGUGAGCAAACUACUCUAUCUGCACUUCAGGGAUUGCAAGACAAAAGUGGGGACGCACUGCAGCUCAUGGCGGAGUUCCUGAGGAUCUUUGUAGUAGCUCCUGGACUUUUAGAGCUCCCCUCCUGUGGCCUGCAAAGUCUACAGUGAAUGUGCACCGACAUCAACACCCUCAGCUCUCCAGCUUCCAGAGGCCGGGAAGAUCCUAGCAGCAGCACCCUUGCUAGCUCUUGCCUCUGGGGGUCCUUGUGAGACAGGUGCCGGGAAAGGUGAACCAGCCUUCCUCCAGCGGCGGCCACCUGCCUCCAGCCUAGCACUGGAGACAAAGCAGCUGCUGGCGGUGCUGCUUUUUGCCACCCUGCAUCAAAGCUGCUGACCCCCACCCCCAGGGUGCCUCCCUGAGCUGUAAAUUUGUUCUUACAAAGCAACAUCAAUAAAUCAACACCAUCUCUCUGA